UGCUUUCUCGAGCCAGGGAACGGCUCCUUGACGCCCACGGGGAAGGGAGAUGGACAACCUGUGGUGGUCGUCCACCAGCCCUCGCUGCCUCCACAGUGCGGGAUUACAGGCAGCCACCAUCACCACGACCACCAUCACCACCACCCGUCUGGUCGCGCUGUCAUUGCCCCCUAGACGGUGCGAUGCUGCGAUGACGCUUCGUGGUGUAAUCGAGCACCCCUCCUCCACACCCCGCAUCCACCUCGCCUCCACCCACCCACUCGUCCUGCCUCGCUGCAAACCUCCACCGCGUGUCUCACGCCCACGACUCGUGACCACCUCCUCCCACGCACACACAGCCGGGAGAGCGAAGCUAAGGCUAGGACUGGGGGUGGAACUGCGUAGACGGGGUGGGUGUGGAGCUACCCCCCCCCCCUCCCCCGUAUAAAACGUGGAGGGAUUCCACUUCAUUGUCAAAUCCUCUUCCUCUCGGACGUCCAAGCCCACCGGGAGCUCGCAGUGUCACUCCUGGGCCACCUCCAGCCUCGCCCGCUCCCGCCGCCAUGGGCCAGUGGACCUUCGAGCUGUGCGGCUGCUUCGAGAACUGCAGCCUGUGCCUGCUCACGUGGCUGGCCCCGUGCGUGACGGCCGGACACAACGCCGAGGACACGGGCCAGGGCAGCUUCAUCGCCUGCUGCGUUGUCUAUCCCUUUGCUGGGUGGUGGUUCACCGCUCAGAGCCGCAAGAAGACGCGGGAGAUGCGCGGGAUCGAUGGCUCGUUCGGCCAGGACCUGCUGCUCGCCUGCUUCCUGCCGUGGUGCACGAUGGUCCAGAUCGCGCGGGAGCUCAGAGACGCCCCGGCUCCACAAACCAUGCAGAGGUCGUAGACACCCAGCAGCACCGGCGCCCUGCAUCAACACCCUGGAGCCAGCCAAGAGCACCCAGCAUCAUCUCACUCCCAACAUCAUCUCACUCCCAACAUCAUCUCACUCCCAACAUAAUCUCUAUCCCAGCAUCAUCUCACUCCCAACAUCAUCUCACUCCCAACAUCAUCUCACUCCCAACAUCUCACUCCCAACAUCAUCUCACACUCCCAACAUCAUCUCACUCCCAGCAUCAUCUCACUCCCAGCAUCAUCUCACUCCCAACAUCAUCUCACUCCCAACAUAAUCUCUAUCCUAGCAUCAUCUCACUCCCAACAUCAUCUCACUCCCAGCAUCAUCUCACUCCCAACAUCAUCUCACUCCCAGCAUCAUCUCACUCCCAACAUCAUCUCACUCCCAACAUCAUCUCACUCCCAACAUCAUCUCACUCCCAGCAUCAUCUCACUCCCAACAUCAUCUCACUCCCAACAUCAUCUUACUCCCAACAUCAUCUCACACUCCCAACAUCAUCUCACUCCCAGCAUCAUCUCACUCCCAACAUCAUCUCACUCCCAACAUAAUCUCUAUCCUAGCAUCAUCUCACUCCCAACAUCAUCUCACUCCCAGCAUCAUCUCACUCCCAACAUCAUCUCACUCCCAACAUCAUCUCACUCUCAGCAUCAUCUCACUCCCAACAUCAUCUCACUCCCAACAUCAUCUCACUCCCAACAUCAUCUCACUCCCAGCAUCAUCUCACUCCCAACAUCAUCUCACUCCCAACAUCAUCUCACUCCCAACAUCAUCUCACUCCCAGUAUCAUCUCACUCCCAACAUCAUCUCUAUCCCAGCACCCGCCAGCACUUAACAGUCUGGAUCAUUUCACCCCCUACAUCUCACUCCCAGCAUUACCUUACCCGCCGAGAUCCUGGGUUCAAUCCGGGAUGUCAGCGCCCCUCCCAAGUGCACUCACUGCGUUGAACUUCUCUCGCACCGCACGCAGCCACCCGUGCGGGGGAAGGACAGCAAACGAAGCAAACUAAACAGAUUUAAUGGGGUUCUCAAUUAAAGUAAGCUGAUGGUGUAUAUAUAUAAUUAUACCUCAAUUACAGUACAUAUAUAUGAUAAUUGCAGUCUAUAUAACGUAUGUCAUCUUGAUUGACGUGUGACGAGCGAUCUCAUCGUAGAGUGUGGCGAAUUCUGCCUCUGGUCGUGUCAAGAGUAAAAUGCUACUUGCAGAUUUUUUUUCGUGGGGAGGGGGGGCGCUGCUCUGUGAGAUUUCCAGAUGGAAUCCUCAUCACAUCUGGGUGCCGAUCACGCGGUGCUCACGAACUGUGCCAAUAAAACACUGCCUGUGGCUCAUGGUUGCCUCAUGUUCGUUAUUUGUGCACGCCUUGAGAUGGUCGCGGAAUGUGCUGUUAGCGAGGAGCACCUUUGAAUGCCGACACGGAACACGUAGGGA